AUGCAACCCGGGCUUUGGCUGGCAACCAGCAUCCUGGCAGCCGCGCUGGGCAUGGCCCUGCUCGGGGACCGCAAAGACGGCUUCCCAGGAGUCCCUGGCCUCAACGGGAGGCCAGGGCAGAAGGGUGACAUGGGAGAGCCAGGGAAAUCAGCACAGAGGACGGGCAUCCGGGGACUCAAAGGGGAUGCAGGCGAGCCAGGGCCUCCUGGCAUCCCAGGAAACCGGGGCUACCACGGCCCGCAUGGCCCGCCCGGGCUCCCAGGCCAGCCAGGGCAGAAAGGGGACAAGGGGAAAGCUGGAAACAUCCUGGAGCAGUCGCAUCCUGCCUUCUCCGCCUCGCGGAGGUCCCCACCAUCCAUGGGCAGGACGGUGGUGUUUGACAAUAUCAUCACCAACCAGGAGAGCUCCUACAGUCCCCAGACGGGGGAGUUCACCUGCCACAUCCCUGGGCUCUACUACUUUGCCUACCAGGUGGUCUCCAGCGGGGACCUCUGCCUGAGCAUCACCAAGAACAAGGAGCGCGUGGUCAGCUUCUGUGACUACAACAGCCGCAACAUCCUGCAGGUGAACUCGGGCAGCAGUGUGCUCAGCCUGGCCGUGGGUGACCGGGUCUCCGUGAGCACCGACCCUGCCAGGGGCAGCAAGAUUUACAGCGGUUCCGAGGCAGACAGUGUCUUCAGCGGCUUCAUGCUCUUCCCGCAGACGGGCUGA